AUACGCAAACUGUACAUACACAUACACAUACACACACAUACUAUACACACACACAAACACACUUGAAAGCUGUGAGAACUCAGAAUUUUCAAACAGGGGGUCCAAGCAGGAAGACUUUGAUCACAAAAAGCAUUUGCUGUCGGUUUAUUUGUACGGUCAAACGCACAGCAAUGAACACACAGCACACAGAAUGCUGGGUUAUAGGAGGAGUCGGAUCCGGUCCAGCUUUACCUCUUCGACCAGCACGCUUCCCUGAGAUCCGUCGUCCUGCAGGUUUCAUCGCCAACCAAAAUCUAACACACCUGUUUUAGUUGAUCAAGAACUUCUUUAGGCAGAGAUUAGAUGGUCAGGUGGGCAGCAUUAUGGUUGGAGCUAAAGUCUUCAGGAGGAAUCAUCUCCAGGAACAGGCCUGGUGACUUGAUUACUGUCGUGGACUUUUGAUUGUGCAGCAGUCCUUCCAGGAUUAUAAGAUCUUGCGAUAUUCAGAGGAGCUUGCAGUUUUUCAAAAUACCACAGAUUCAGUCCAAGACAUGCCAGAGACGUCAUCGCGACACGCAUUAAGCCGAAGCCCUCUUCAAUUCACGCUCCUCGAACAUGAGUACAGCUAAAUGGUCUCAUUUACCAACAAACAUCACUGCAAAAGAGCAUGCAGGACAAUUUCGAAUAACUGCGAAUUCGCCAAUUCAAGUAGUUUUCCACCAAAAAAAGCACAAUAGAACUCAAAAAAAAAAAAAAGUAAAAGCUGCAGCAAAAUCGAGCGUUUUUGGCUGCAGCAAUCACAAAAAAGAACAAACCUCCACGAAAUCCUGUACGGACUGGUGCAGCAAAACCUUUCUCAAAACGCACGGCAUGUUCAGAUCACUUCCUGCAUCUGAGUCGAUUCACUUUCUCACACGAAGCCGUUCCCCCGACGUGUUCUAGUUUCGGCCUUCUACUAGUCACGUCUGCAGUCUGUAACGUCAGUCAGCAUCAAACGUUCUUAAGUGCUACUGUUGUAAAAGUGGGCGUGGCCAUGAGAUCCAAGAAACCGCACGCAUAGAUUCCAGCAAAUCCAGAAGUACACAAACUUCCAAAGUAGAAGAAAUCUUGUCGAAUUGGACCACACAGCGAGUACCAGAGAAAGCGCCAAGUAUGCGCACAGGUGUCUUUAAAUCCUGUGAUUAAGAGGUGGGACGUGAACAUCCUGCAUCGUCACCAUCUGCGGACUGAGUCACAGCUACCGAAAUAUCACCACAACUCACACACACACACACACACACACACAACUUCUAGGAAAAUCACAUCCCGUGCACAACACCCCCUCAAACAGACAGGAGACUGUGUUUAGUUGCGACCUGAUGACUUAAACACUGUUUCCUGUGCAUUUGAGUUUGUUUGGACGUGAGCCUGAAAGCGGAGCGCUCGCUACAAUGUGUCUCAUCUGCUAUUAAAAUGUCAGGGUUUAUUAUUAACGUUAAUCAAGCAAAAGAUUGUAGAGUUUAAGAAUAGGUGUAUUGUAUUAAAAGAAAAAAAAGUCUGUACUUAUCCUGAGCUCAUCUUCCAGCGCAUGUCAAAACGUUCAUCUCCAAAGCGAGGCGUUAGUUUCCAUUCCUGGCGUGACGAAGCUGAGGCGUGAAUUACGCUCCCGUAGGCGGCGAGGGUGGCGGUUAUCAUCGACGGCGUAUCACUCUCUCUCCUCCCUUCCCUCCCUCGUUCCCUCGCGUUCUCACUCCUCCCUUGAUUGCUCAGAUAUUUGUCCUCAGCGAGGUAGAAGUUGCUAAGUGGAAUCAGGAGCUGCUGCUGCACAUGUUUCUGCUCCGCUCUCACCGAUUUCCAGACCUCCUCGGCACGACUCAUUCUGGCUCCGUCAUCCAAACUUUCAUCCAAAAGUGAGCAGAGAGAAGUCUCGGCUCGCGGAGAUUCUCGCUGCCGUGGACGAGCUUCCUCCGAAGCCGAGAUCUGAUCUGGUAUGAUCUCCGGCAACGUGGUGGGUCCAUCUGGACCCGAUAAAGUCUCUCUGCACGUGGCACCGUGCCAUCUCGGCUGAAGGAAUCCAGGCGAAGCGGCGGCAGCACCAUGGAGCGAGCGCCAGCCUCCUCUCCUCCGGACUCUCACUGGGACUCCCAGCCUCAAGGCCCCUCGAUCGACCCCUUGACCCCUCCUCUGUGGUUCAGGAUGGCGGAUCUGCAGUCGGAUCCAGGAAUAAGUGUGAUACAGCAGGGCAGAGGCGUGACGUGGGAUGACGUGCCGGUGAAGGAGAUCGCCAUCACACAUCACGUUAAAGAGGGCUCGGAGAAGGCCGACCCCCAGCAGUUCGAACUGCGCAAGGUCCUGGGCCAGGGCUCCUUCGGGAAGGUGUUUCUGGUGAAGAAGAUUACUGGGCCUGACGCAGGACAGCUCUAUGCUAUGAAAGUGCUCAAAAAAGCAACUCUGAAAGUACGCGAUCGUGUCCGGACUAAGAUGGAGCGAGACAUCCUGGUGGAGGUGAAUCACCCAUUCAUCGUUAAGCUGCACUACGCAUUCCAGACAGAGGGAAAGCUUUAUCUGAUUCUCGACUUCCUGAGAGGAGGAGAUCUGUUCACUCGUCUGUCCAAAGAGGUGAUGUUCACAGAGGAGGAUGUGAAGUUCUACCUGGCUGAGCUGGCUUUGGCGCUGGACCAUCUGCAUGGACUGGGGAUCAUCUACCGAGACCUCAAACCAGAGAACAUCCUGCUGGACGAGGAAGGCCACAUCAAGCUGACGGACUUCGGCCUCAGUAAGGAGUCGAUCGAUCACGAGAACAAGGCCUACUCGUUCUGCGGGACGGUGGAGUACAUGGCUCCCGAGGUGGUGAACCGGCGAGGCCACACCCACAGCGCCGACUGGUGGUCGUACGGCGUGCUCAUGUUUGAGAUGUUAACCGGGACGCUUCCCUUCCAAGGCAAGGACCGCAAAGAGACCAUGACCAUGAUCCUAAAGGCGAAGCUGGGCAUGCCUCAGUUCCUCAGCUUGGAGGCUCAGAGUCUCCUCCGAAACCUGUUUAAACGAAACCCCUCCAACCGGCUGGGUGCAGGUCCAGACGGGGUCGAAGAAAUAAAGAGACACCACUUUUAUGCUUCUAUUGACUGGAAUAAAUUGUUUAGGAGAGAGAUUCAUCCACCUUUCAAACCUGCUUCUGGGAGACCUGAUGACACGUUUUACUUCGACCCAGAAUUCACAGCUAAAACUCCCAAAGACUCACCAGGUGUGCCCCCUAGUGCCAACGCUCAUCAGCUCUUCAGAGGUUUCAGCUUCGUGGCCAUCAGCUCAGAGGAGGAAACACAGCCACUGCAAAGUAACAUUAGCUCUAUAGUGCAGAAGCUUCACAGGAGCACCUCUCAGUUCGGCGACUCAUACGAGGUGAGGGAGGACAUCGGCGUCGGCUCGUACUCCAUCUGCAAGCGCUGCAUUCAGAAAAGCACGGGCAUGGAGUACGCCGUCAAGAUCAUCAAUAAAGCCAAAAGGGAUCCAACGGACGAGGUGGAAAUCCUCUUACGCUACGGCCAGCAUCCCAACAUCAUCACUUUAAAGGAUGUGUAUGAUGACGGUCGCUCGGUUUUUCUGGUGACUGAGCUGCUUAAAGGAGGGGAGCUGCUGGAUAAGAUCCUCAGACAGAAGUUCUUCUCCGAAAGGGAGGCCAGCGCCGUGCUCUACACCAUCACCAAGACCGUGGAGUACCUCCAUGCGCAAGGGGUGGUCCACCGAGACCUUAAGCCGAGUAACAUUCUGUAUGUGGACGAAUCCGGAAACCCAGAGUCGAUCCGGAUCUGUGACUUCGGCUUCGCCAAACAACUGAGAGCCGAGAACGGCCUGCUGAUGACACCGUGCUACACUGCUAACUUUGUAGCACCAGAGGUGCUGAAGAAGCAGGGUUACGAUGCUGCGUGUGAUAUCUGGAGUCUGGGUGUCCUUCUCUACACAAUGCUGACAGGCUUCACUCCGUUUGCCAACGGACCCGAGGACACGCCGGAGGAGAUUCUGGCUCGGAUCGGCAGCGGGAAGUUCUGUCUCACUGGCGGAUACUGGAACUCUGUCUCAGCAGAAGCCAAGGAUCUGGUAUCUAAAAUGCUCCAUGUAGACCCUCAUCAGAGAUUAACAGCAGCACAAGUGCUGAGGCAUCCGUGGAUCGUUCACAAAGACCAGCUACCGAAAUACCAGCUCAACAGACAGGACGCUCCUCAUCUGGUCAAGGGGGCCAUGGCGGCGACGUACUCCGCCUUGAACAGGAACGUUCCCCCCAUACUCGAACCCGUGGGCUGCUCCAUUCUCGCUCAGCGACGUGGAGUGAAGAAAGUGACCUCUACGGCUCUCUGAGGCUCCGCCCAACAAACCAACCAACCACAGACCUCAAAGCCUAGCGCUAGCACACGGCCCUGCCCCAUUCCUACCUGACGCCCACCCGAUGCCCAGCACGCCGCCCAUCUGCUCCUCGACUAGAGGACAAGCCUGGACUCUGACGACCCCUGGUGGACGAUCCAGAUCUUCCUCAUCUGCUGACGGAUAAAUAAGUGGAUCGAUUAAAAACUUUGACGUUUGCAAUAAGCAAAGCAUCUGGAACAUUCUGUGGACUUUUUUGUUUUUUUUGGGGGGGGGGGGACAAGAGACUCAGUCAUGCAUAUGAACUUGUAAUAUACUGUAAUAUUCUUUUUAUAAAGCUGGUAGAGAACAAUAUUAUUGUAUUAAAGAGACUGUGGGCUGUUGUAUUAUGAAAUACCAUCAGAUAUCGACAAAUAUAAGCUAUUUCUCAGAACAAAAGAAAAAAAUAAGACACUUCAAAAUCAUCCACUUAUUAUGGAUCUAGAUUUUCAAACCUGAUUUUAUUUAUUUUAUUUUUUUCUAGGAACAAAAAAAUCAUUAUCGCAUAGUGUUAAAUUCUUUAUUUACCAUUCCGUAUAUGUAGAUAUAAACAUCAACAUGUACACAAAAAAAAAAGGUAUUUUUACACUUAUACAUCAAGCAUUAGGGAAAACCACUGAUUGGAUACGUAUCAGUUAUGGAGCGUAUAAGCUGACGAAAAGGAUUUGAAUAUGAAUUACAGAUAAUAUAUUGAUUUAGGAUUAUAUACAGUACACAUCAUGUUCAAAAAUGUAGUUUGCUCAGAUUUGCUAAGGGGUAAGAGCAUUUAAUUCAAAUGACAGGUCAUGUUUUUGGGAUUUAAAACAACAACAACCCUGAAUACAAAUGUCAAAAAUUCUAAUCUGAUAAAUGCGGAUAUGUAAAUGUUAUGCAAAUUAGCCCAAAGGUGAAGCAUCUGGGAUUCCCAGAGAAAAGAUGCUUUCAGUGGUCGGACAAAAUAAAAAUGUUUAUGUUCUA